GGCGGGGGCGGGGGCCGCGGGGUGAGCGGGGGCAGCAUGUGCAGCGCAGUCCCCGGCCGGCGCUGGCCUGAGGCCCGGCAGCGGCGUCUGCGGAGGCUUGGCUUGUGCCGGUAAAAAGUAUGUCAGAAAGGGACCUCGGCAGUUUGCUUCAGCCGCCUGCCCAGACGCGGCUGCUUGAUUCGUAGCUGAUUCUCAUUACCCUGGUAAUGCUCAUCACAUUUCCUAUAAGGUGGGAAGCUGUAGUGGUAUACACAGGUUCAGAGCAAUGUGCCUGGGUGCUGGGGAGGCCAGGAGAGCAUUUCACUGCAGUUUUAAGAGAGCGGUUGUGUCCACUGAAUGUCUGUAACUUCAUGGGACCUGACGUGAUUCAUCACAAAGUACUGGAGGAGGUAGGGAUGUUUCAGCAGGACCCCUCUCAAUGACCUGCUGAAGGUCUUGGGGUCUGGGGAGGUCCCUGCUGGAUGGAGGCUAGCCAGUGUUCUUCGAACUUACCAGAAGGGCAUGAGGGAAGACCCAGGAAAAUAGAGCUGUAAGUCUAACCUCAUUACCUGGAAAAAUUAUGGAAAAGAUCCUAUGGAGUGCUAUGAAAGGGCAUUUCAAGGACAAUGCAAUAAUCAGGUACAGCCAACAUGGGUUCACAAAGGGAAAGAAGCACUGUCUAAGUAAUCCAGUAUCCUUCUACAAUAAGAUUACUCGUUUUGUGGGUGAAAGGAAGGCAGUAGAUACGGGUUUUCUGGGUUUUAGAAAGGUUUUUGAUGCUGUACCUCACAGCAUCCUUCUGUCCAGCUGUGGAAUGAGCAGAUGCAAAGUGUAGUGGUUGAGGAAGUGGCAGAAUGGUAGGGCUGGAAGGACUGUAGCUAAUGGGGCAACAUCUGGCAGGUGACCAGUGACCAGCGCUGUUCCUCUGGGCUCAGUUCCAGGACCAGUUAUGUUCCAAAUUUUUAUCAAUGACCUAAGGCAAAAUUUGACUGCACCAUUAGUAAAUUUACUGAUUAUAUAGAACUGGGAGGUGCUACUGACCCUGUUAAGGGACAAGAGGCCUUGCAUAGGGAUCUAGAUAGAUUGCAACACUGAGCAAUUCUUAAUGGUAUGGAAUAUAAGAAGAACGAAUGCUGGAUUUUAACAGCUGGGAUGGAGGAACACCAUGCGCAAGUAUAGACUUGGAGAGGAGUUGCUGGAGAGCAGCUCUGCAGAAAGGCACCUGGGGGUGCUGGUUGGCAUUAAGCUGGUUGUGAGUCAUCCGUGUGUGUGCGGGCAGCCAGGAGUGCAAACCCCAUCCUGGGGUGCAUCAAACACAGCACAACCAGCCAGCCAAAAGAGGGGGUUAUCCCGCUCUGUUUAGGAUUGGUGUGGACACGCCUCGAGUGCUGUGCGCAGUUCUGGGCCCCACAGUUUGAGAAGGAUGGGAAGGGCCUUGAAUGCACAUUGAGGAGGCCCACAAAGCUGGUGGAAGGGCCGGAGAAUGUGUCCUGUGAGGAACAGCUGGGGACUUUGGGCUUGUCUUGUUUUGAGAAAAGAAGGGGCAACCUCACUAAUCUCUGCAGGUUCCUGAAGACGUAGAGAGGAAGGUGCUACUCUCUUCUCCCUAGGAACUAGCAACAGGAUGCACAGGAGUUGUACAAAGCUGCUCCAGGGGAGGUUUAGACUGGACAUUAGGAAAGAUUUGUUUACUGAGAGGGCGCUCAAACACUGCAACAGGCUUCCUAGAGAGGUGGUUGAUGCUUCAAGCCUGCCAGUGUUCAAGGGGCAUUUGGACAGGAGGCCGCGGCACAUCCAUCUGCUUCCAGCUGGGACAGAGAACGCUCCCCUGGGCAGCCACGGCGAGCCCCGAAGAGGAGGGCCGGCAGAUCCGAGGCUUCUACUCCAGCCAAGAAGAGGCCGCCCCACGGGCAGCGCUAGAGGAAUGCCCCAGGCGCUGCUGAAAGCAGGGCUGGGCCAGCAGCUGGGGCGUGCGCUGGCCCUCGAGGAUUCCCGGCCCUCUAAUUCUACUUAGCAGGGCAAUAAAAGAAAAUAGAGAACUGAAGACCGCAGAAAAAGUGUCAGUGUUAUUAAUAUGUGCAAUUGCUAUCCCAGCCCAGCUGCCUUCUCCCUCUUUUGCUGGGACCAUGUCCAGGGUUUACUCCUGUUGUCCUUAGCAGAGGACCAUGGGGCUUCUCCCUCUGGUCUUGCACAGCCCUGCUUUGACUGUCAUGGGGCCCGGCCUGGUUCGGCUCUUCCCUUCCCUUCCCUUCCCUUCCCUUUUUCCUUCCCUUCCCUUCCCUUCCCUUCCCUUCCCUUCCCUUCCCUUCCCUUCCCGCUUCCCUCCUCUCCUUCUGCAUCUCUCUCCCCUCUCCCUUCUCCUCUCUCCCCUCAUUUUCUUCUGGAAUAUCAUGAGUUUCUUGAUGUGUCCUGCCCUUGUGUUCUUUCAAGAAGAGCAGAUAAUCUAAGCGUCAAGGGUUGUUUUCUUCAAAAAUACUCCAUAGCAUGCAUUUUCCAGGCAGCUUUAGACUGAUGCUGAAAACCUGCAAAUCACUGAUUUUAUGUUGCAGCAAAUCAUUCUGUUUAAUUUCUAUCUGAGUACCACAAAAGAACCCUGUUCAAGGUAGGUUCUGCUGGUUUUCAAGAACUGUCUGGACUUUUUGUCAAGACAUUUGUCACCAGUUGCCAAACCUACAGCUCCAGGAAGGCCUGAUUCUUUAGCCUCACUGUAGGAAAUGAGUUGUCGACUUAGUGUGCCUCUGACUUUCAUUGGGGAAGAUUUGUGCACACUGAGUCUGUGAUAAGCUUAAUUUGAGUCCUUGGGAAUAAAAAUACCUUGCCCUCACAGAUUCCUGACUGAGCACUUGUUAAUUUCUUCAUAACUGCUAGAAGAGUUCAUUCCUUAAUCCUUUAGAUGCCUCCACAGUCAUACUGGUUAUGGACAUGGCAUCAGGGACCACUCCAUUGCACUCAUUGUCCCUAAUAGCAGCCUUUGACUUUUGGUGAGCCCUGGACUGGUCAGGCAGUCAAACUAGAUGGUUGUUUUAGGUCCCUUCCAAAUGGAGCAUGAUCCCUUCCCAUUCACCUCCCCUUCCCUCUUCUCUUUAUCUUUUCUAAAUUAAUGCAAGUGAAAGCUGCUGGACAAAAAAAAUCCAGAAGCUCCUCUUCUGACAUUGGAGCUUACGGAAGCUGUUUCACCUUUGGAAACCUUUAUUUCCCACUGGCAAUGCUUUCUCUUCCAGGUCUUCAGCGAGCAUCUCUGCAAGAGCUUGUGAGUGUUGUGCCCUGGAUUCUGGCCACUCAGGUCCUGAAGACUUCCAGCCUCAAGUGGCCCAGCUUUUCUCUGGGCCACUCACUCCGGUGCUUAAUCAUCCUCACAGGGAUUUUGGUUUUGAUUCUCUGUCCUAUUCCCAGAGUUGGCACCCUCUCUCACUCUCUCACCAGGCAGUGCUGGGAAGAGACUGUCCCCAUCCCCUUGAUGCCUUUUCCACGGGCACCAGGCUGUGCCCUGAGGUGGGUGCCCCAAGGCCUUCUCUGCUCCACGGCGGACCAGCCCCACAGACCCUCCUUGCGUCCCCUGAGCCCCUCUGAGCCCCUCUGCUUCGUCGACUUCCCUCCUCUCCAGGACUCCCAAUGGGAUGUAGUGCCUGGAUGAGGCCUGAGGGCUGCUGAGCAGAGGGGGAUCACCCUUGUGCCCUCUGGCCGGGGGAGAAAGACAGGAGAAAGCUGUGACAGCGGGACAAGUGCUGCCUGUGACCCAGCGUGGGAGAAAGCAGAGGAGCCCAGAGGGCUGGGCAGCAGUGCUGGAGCGUGGGGAGAGCCUGUGGGACUCUGUCCUGUAGCCUCCAAGGGAGGCACAAAGUGUAACCCAACAAACCCUCUUGCCAUAGGUGCCUGGAGAUUUCUGCCAUGGCAGAACGACCUGAUGGGGCCCAGUGAAGACACAGCCAAGGCCUUGGUGACUGGCAUGAAACACCGAUGCUGAGCACCAGCGAAGAGACGGGGGACGGAGUGGGCGUUGCGGAAAUGCCACAUGCAUGUGCUGCAGCUGCAGUGCUGCCAGGCCGAGCUUCAUGGGUGAGGGUAGCCCAUUGUGACGUCCCCGAGCAAUGGACUGUGACAUCUUGGAGCGCCGGAUUGUGACCAUGCAUCCCUCACUGCUGGUAUCUGGGUGCUGAGCCUCACCCAGCCAGUUGGUGCCCGCACUCCAGCUGAGCGACUUCGCGAGGUUCGGAGCGUUGAGCGAGGCCUUCGGUGCUGGUGCUGUGCUCAGAGAGUUGUUUGUUGCAGCUUUCAGUGCCCAAGCCCAGAGCCACCAGAGGAUUUUCCCCGACCCUGCCAGGUUCAGGCAGCCGGGGCACGCAGGAGGCGCGCUCGCAGCAGCAGAGCGUGACGCCCACUGCCGCAGCAGCCGUGAGAGGGAGCAACUCGAGAUCCCCAGCUCCCUGUAGCCCACCGCAGCUCGUGGAGAGCACGGCCAUGGAGAUGGACAACUUCUGUCCAGUCUGCCAGGACAGCUGGGAGGAGGCCAGCUACGUGACACCAUGCCUCCACCGGUUCUGCUAUCCCUGCAUCUUGCAGUGGGCUGAAACCAAGCCCGAGUGCCCCCUCUGCAAGAGGCGGAUCCUCUCCAUCGUGCACUCGGUGCGUGCGGAUGACGACUUUGAGGAGCACGUCAUCACAACACCUGCGGUGCCGUCGGUCGCCAGCCGCCAGGCAGGAGAUCCCAGCCGUCCAGCUGCCCACAGCCGCCAUGGCCCUGCAGCAGCACAAGCAGCGCAGCCCGUGGGACUGGUGCAGGGGGCUCCUCUGCGUGGCCUCCGGCCCAGCACCUGGGCAUCCCUUUUCCGGGACCACCCAGCCCUCCUCCAGCCCCUGCUGAGCUGGGCGCAACAGGAGCUGGGGCUGAUCUUUGGGAGCCGGCGUUCGCGGGCAGACCUAGUGGAGGAGCUCCUCGCAUCCCUCUUGGUCCUUUUCGGGCUGGACGAAGACCUACUGGUCCAGCUGUUGGCGGCCACCCUGGAAAACCACGCAGCGACGUUUGUGCACCGGCUUAUUGACGUCGCUGUGCAAUGGUGCAGCGGGGAGGCCCGUCGCCUGCUGGGCCUGGAGGACGGCCGUGCUGCCGGUGGGCGGGAGGGCAGCCCCGUGGCUGCCCCCAGCCCCUCUGCAUCGCGAGGAGGGUCUCCCGCACCUGGCCCGGCCCCUUCCAGGAGCCCUGAGGGAACCAACAUGGGUGACGUCCCCAGCACCUCAACGGCUGCCCUUAGUGGGGAUCCCAGCAGCCCGCCCCUUGGCGCUGGUCCUCUCUCUGGGGAGCAAGAAGAGCCCCGGGAGGAGACCGAGGAGGCUGCGGCACAUCCAUCUGCUUCCAGCUGGGACAGAGAACGCUCCCCUGGGCAGCCACGGCGAGCCCCGAAGAGGAGGGCCGGCAGAUCCGAGGCUUCUACUCCAGCCAAGAAGAGGCCGCCCCACGGGCAGCGCUAGAGGAAUGCCCCAGGCGCUGCUGAAAGCAGGGCUGGGCCAGCAGCUGGGGCGUGCGCUGGCCCUCGAGGAUUCCCGGCCCUCUAAUUCUACUUAGCAGGGCAAUAAAAGAAAAUAGAGAACUGAAGACCGCAGAAAAAGUGUCAGUGUUAUUAAUAUGUGCAAUUGCUAUCCCAGCCCAGCUGCCUUCUCCCUCUUUUGCUGGGACCAUGUCCAGGGUUUACUCCUGUUGUCCUUAGCAGAGGACCAUGGGGCUUCUCCCUCUGGUCUUGCACAGCCCUGCUUUGACUGUCAUGGGGCCCGGCCUGGUUCAGCCCUUCCCUUCCCUUCCCUUCCCUUCCCUUCCCUUCCCUUCCCUUCCCUUCCCUUCCCUUCCCUUCCCUUCCCUUCCCUUCCCUUCCCUUCCCUUCCCUUCCCUUCCCUUCCCUUCCCUUCCCUUCCCUUCCCUUCCCUUCCCUUCCCUUCCCUUCCCUUCCCUUCCCUUCCCUUCCCGCUUCCCUCCUCUCCUUCUGCAUCUCUCUCCCCUCUCCCUUCUCCUCUCUCCCCUCAUUUUCUUCUGGAAUAUCAUGAGUUUCUUGAUGUGUCCUGCCCUUGUGUUCUUUCAAGAAGAGCAGAUAAUCUAAGCGUCAAGGGUUGUUUUCUUCAAAAAUACUCCAUAGCAUGCAUUUUCCAGGCAGCUUUAGACUGAUGCUGAAAACCUGCAAAUCACUGAUUUUAUGUUGCAGCAAAUCAUUCUGUUUAAUUUCUAUCUGAGUACCACAAAAGAACCCUGUUCAAGGUAGGUUCUGCUGGUUUUCAAGAACUGUCUGGACUUUUUGUCAAGACAUUUGUCACCAGUUGCCAAACCUACAGCUUCAGGAAGGCCUGAUUCUUUAGCCUCACUGUAGGAAAUGAGUUGUCGACUUAGUGUGCCUCUGACUUUCAUUGGGGAGGAUUUGUGCACACUGAGUCUGUGAUAAGCUUAAUUUGAGUCCUUGGGAAUAAAAAUACCUUGCCCUCACAGAUUCCUGACUGAGCACUUGUUAAUUUCUUCAUAACUGCUAGAAGAGUUCAUUCCUUAAUCCUUUAGAUGCCUCCACAGUCAUACUGGUUAUGGACAUGGCAUCAGGGACCACUCCAUUGCACUCAUUGUCCCUAAUAGCAGCCUUUGACUUUUGGUGAGCCCUGGACUGGUCAGGCAGUCAAACUAGAUGGUUGUUUUAGGUCCCUUCCAAAUGGAGCUGGAUCCCUUCCCAUUCACCUCCCCUUCCCUCUUCUCUUUAUCUUUUCUAAAUUAAUGCAAGUGAAAGCUGCUGGACAAAAAAAAUCCAGAAGCUCCUCUUCUGACAUUGGAGCUUACGGAAGCUGUUUCACCUUUGGAAACCUUUAUUUCCCACUGGCAAUGCUUUCUCUUCCAGGUCUUCAGCGAGCAUCUCUGCAAGAGCUUGUGAGUGUUGUGCCCUGGAUUCUGGCCACUCAGGUCCCGAAGACUUCCAGCCUCAAGUGGCCCAGCUUUUCUCUGGGCCACUCACUCCGGUGCUUAAUCAUCCUCACAGGGAUUUUGGUUUUGAUUCUCUGUCCUAUUCCCAGAGUUGGCACCCUCUCUCACUCUCUCACCAGGCAGUGCUGGGAAGAGCCUGUCCCCAUCCCCUUGAUGCCUUUUCCACGGGCACCAGGCUGUGCCCUGAGGUGGGUGCCCCAAGGCCUUCUCUGCUCCAUGGCGGACCAGCCCCACAGACCCUCCUUGCGUCCCCUGAGCCCCUCUGAGCCCCUCUGCUUCGUCGACUUCCCUCCUCUCCAGGACUCCCAAUGGGAUGUAGUGCCUGGAUGAGGCCUGAGGGCUGCUGAGCAGAGGGGGAUCACCCUUGUGCCCUCUGGCCGGGGGAGAAAGACAGGAGAAAGCUGUGACAGCGAGACAAGUGCUGCCUGUGACCCAGCGUGGGAGAAAGCAGAGGAGCCCAGAGGGCUGGGCAGCAGUGCUGGAGCGUGGGGAGAGCCUGUGGGACUCUGUCCUGUAGCCUCCAAGGGAGGCACAAAGUGUAACCCAACAAACCCUCUUGCCAUAGGUGCCUGGAGAUUUCUGCCAUGGCAGAACGACUUGAUGGGGCCCAGUGAAGACACAGCCAAGGCCUUGGUGACUGGCAUGAAACACCGAUGCUGAGCACCAGCGAAGAGACGGGGGACGGAGUGGGCGUUGCGGAAAUGCCACAUGCAUGUGCUGCAGCUGCAGUGCUGCCAGGCCGAGCUUCAUGGGUGAGGGUAGCCCAUUGUGACGUCCCCGAGCAAUGGACUGUGACAUCUUGGAGCGCCGGAUUGUGACCAUGCAUCCCUCACUGCUGGUAUCUGGGUGCUGAGCCUCACCCAGCCAGUUGG